GGCUGUUUUCAGGGGGAGCAGCUGACUGGCUGCCCCGUCCUGUGAUGAGCGGCCGCGGGGCUUUAAAGCCUCCGCCUCUCUGUUGCCUCCUUCAGCCUCCAGCAGCAGCGCCUCCCCUCCGCUAUCAUCCGCUCUCCCGCGACGUGGACGACAUGUAGCGCAGCAUCGAUGCAGGUCUUUGUGUGUGUGUGUGUGUGUGUGUGUGUGUGUGCGUCACAUGGAUUGCGCGGAUAAGAACUGCAGGUGGCGACAGUCGCACAGCACCAGCCAGAUGUGAACCACCUGUGGAGAGACGACUGAUGUGACCCCCGCCUCCUCCAGAGACCUCCUUUUUGGACAUCAUGGGAUGUGGCACCUCUGUUGCUACGGAGACACAAGGGAAACGAGUGGAGACCGAUGACACAAUUAAGAGUCCCAGCCCGGCUCUGACCAUGAAGGCGGCUGUUUUGAUCCAGCGGUGGUACCGGCGCUACAUGGCCCGCCUGGAGAUGAGGCGCAGGUACACCUGGAACAUCUUUCAGUCCAUUGAAUAUGCCGGAGAACAGGACCAGCUGCAGCUCUCAGGUUUCUUCAGUUUCAUGCUCGACAACUUCACUCAGCUGAAUGGAAAUGGACCAGACUUGAUCUCGCAGCUGCUGGAGCCGGUGGUGGACCCCUGGUUAGACAGAGAGAUCUGUUACAACUUGAUCCCCGUUCCGGAGUCGUACACGGGGCCCCGGCUCUCGUUUCCUCUCUCUGUCUCUGAUACCAACGCUCUGCUCGCUGCGUUUAAGGACCAACAGAUUCUACACGCCAGAUAUGUUCUGCAGCUUCUGUACGAGACCAAAAAGCUCCUCAAACAGAUGCCAAACAUUGUCCACUUGUCGACGUCCUACACCAAUGAGAUCACUAUAUGUGGUGAUCUGCACGGGCGGCUUGAUGACUUACUUCUCAUUUUUUAUAAGAAUGGCCUUCCCUCGGCGGAGACCCCAUACGUGUUCAACGGGGACUUUGUCGACCGUGGGAAAAAGUCCAUCGAAGUGGUCUGCCUCCUCUUCGCCUACCUGCUGCUUUACCCCGACUACAUGCACCUGAACCGAGGAAACCAUGAAGACCACAUAAUGAACCUCAGAUAUGGGUUCACAAAAGAAGUCAUGCAGAAAUACAAGACUCACGGCCGGGAGAUCCUCCAGCUGUUUCAGGACGUUUUCAGCCUCCUGCCCGUCGCAACGGUCAUCGACGGAAAGAUCCUGAUCGUUCACGGGGGAAUAUCUGACCAGACCGACCUGGACUUCCUCAGCACCAUAGAAAGGCACAAGGUGAAAUCGGCCCUGAGGUUUCCCAGACGCAGUUUGGAGCAGCUGGACAUCGGUCAUUCCUGCAAAAGAAUGAGAUCGACGUCUGGCUCUCGUCCGGGCAGCCGCAGCAAGAACAAGAGGACGCCGAACCAGGGAAGGCGGCGUUGCAGGAACAGCAGACAAGACAGCGCAGCCUCCACUUCUUCCUCCUCCUCCUCCUCCUCAUCGUCCUCCUCUUCGUUCUGCUCUCCUCGGACUCCGUCGUGCCUCUCGCCUCGUCCGUGCCCGUCUUCCCCCAGCAUGCCUUACGCUGUCAACGUCCUCCAAGUGCCUUACCUGGAAUCUCUGUGCUCCGUUCCCCCUCCGGCACCUCCGCAACACGAUCGGGAAUGGAAACAGGUGGGGGAUAUAUUGUGGAGCGACCCGAAAACCCAUGAAGGGUGGAGUCCGAACACAUUCAGGGGGAGAGGGUGCUACUUCGGCCCGGACGUCACCCGCCGACUGCUGCUGCAGCACGGACUCCAGCUGCUCAUCAGGUCCCACGAGUGCAAACAGGAGGGAUACGAGCUGUGUCACGGGGGACAGGUGAUCACCAUCUUCUCGGCGUCAAACUACUACGAGGAGGGAAGCAACCGCGGCGCGUACAUCAAAGUGGGCCGCGAGCUGCUGCCGCGGUUCUACCAGUACCAAGUUAGCCGCGCAACACGCAAACUCACCCUGACACAGAGAGUACGAGUUGCCGAAGGCUCCGCCCUCAAGGCCCUGAAGGAGAAGCUGUUCACCCACCGCUCCGAGCUGCUGUCGGGCCUCCAGCAGUACGACCUGAACAACACCGGUUGUGUGUCAGUCAGUGAAUGGGCUCAGGUGUUUGAGUCCGUCCUGAGACUGGAUCUUCCCUGGAGGACCCUCCGCCCGCACUUAGCCCGCCUGGCACCAGAUGGCAGUGUGGAUUAUCCGUCCUGCUUUGAGGAUAUGGAGCCGAGGAUCCCUCUGAGUCAGGUGACUCCAAACUUGGCUGAAACCCUGUUCAGAUACAGGACGGAUAUUGAGAUAAUAUUCAACAUUAUUGACAAAGACCAUUCAGGUCUGAUCUCAAUCGAGGAGUUUCGCCACACUUGGCGUCUCUUCAGCGCCCACCUGGGGGUCGACAUCGACGACCGGGCCAUAGACGACCUGGCCCGAAGCAUCGAUUUCAACAAGGACGGCAGCAUAGACUUCACUGAGUUCCUGGAGGCCUUCAGAGUGGUACACAAACUGGACAACAAGGAGCAGCAGGUCAACGGGAAGACGGCAGGAGGGAAGGCUUUGUGAGGGGGUGAACCUCAAUGGAAAAGAUGAGACCUUUAGUUCUAAGUUAGCAGCGGUUUAAAAGGAUUGGCGCAUUUAUGCGUUUAUUGGUCAGUUUUAGCCUCCGGUGGAUCUGGGGAUGGCAAUGUCAAUCUGGAGGUUCCCUCCGCCUCUUUUGUUUAAAAAUGAAACUACUGGGCGGAAUGGACUCCUGAGAGACAAUGAUUUUCCCCAGAUGAUAAUAUCCUUAAAUCUGCGGUCAGCCCCACAUCUUUCAUCGCGCAGCGCCAGCAGGCCAAAGAUGUCGAAUCAGUUUUGCCGCAGACUUUCAUUGUUUCCAGAUGUUGAAUCCUAAUUACUUUGGUGACUGUUUUUUCAUCGAGUGCCACGAGCGAGACAACUUUUUUGAGCCUGCUGCGGGAAACAAGUGACGAUGGAGUGUAAUGAAAUUUGGCAGAAAUGGUGUAGUGUACAACAGAUACAGCAGGAGAGCCAGCGUGAUGCCACACUGUCGUAUUACAUGUACUGAGGACUCGAGGCUUCAGAAAACAGACACACUGCAGCUUCUGUGUGUUCAGCUGCAAGAAGGAAUAAAAUUGCUUUUGUAAACUUUA